GAAGAAACCCCUGUCUCAAAAGUCUGGCUACGCCCCUGUUGAUAAAGUACCUUUGUCCUGCCUCCAUGCAUGAUGACACAUGCUGAGACUAGAUCUAUUUGGGUUUUAGUGGUUGGUGUACCAUUGGUGUUUGGUAGUCUGACUCGUGACUACACUGAGACGCCCUGUGUUGGGGAUGUGAUAUCCGUCACGUGCACAGUGCCUGGAGUUUCCUUGGAUUGGGACGUGCCUGAUCCAACUAGGAAUAUACGAAUUAUUGCGUCAACCGAACCAUUCCAACGAGAUCAGUACUCAGUCACAUUAGUGAUAUUCAACUCCACUAGUUCAAUAAUCACCUCCAGUUUGAGUUUCCCUGCAGCUGAUGCGAUCACUAUUGGAUGUUUUCCUAUACUACAACCGGAGUUGAGGGAAGAACUCAUCAUACUGACAGCUACUACUCCUUCACCACCGACUGGAUUCAGUGACUUAAUUCUGAGCAGCUCAGCCAUUGAAGUCAGUGUAUCUGUGCAGUGGGACCCUCCUACUGAGACUGGUGGUAGAGAUGACCUCACCUACACAGUGACCAUCUCACCUCUGGCCCAGCUCUCUGUUACUGUCCUCACAUCCACCUCUGUCACUGUGACUGCCCAAUACAAUGUGGACUACACUGUCAGUAUUGUCGCUACCAACUGUGCUGGGAACAGUACAACAGCUGAAUACAACUUUACGAUUGGUGGCUGUCCUGUGUUGACUGACCCCAUGAAUGGAGUGUUUGGACCAGCCUCCAGCAGAUUACCAGGAUCCACAGUAACCAUCCAAUGUGAUGCUGGAUAUGUAUCUGCUGUUACAAUGGUGACAUGUGCGGAUGCACUGAUUUGGAGUGCCGACCCUGAGGCUAUUGAGUGUAUAUCAAUACCCACACUCCCUCCCACAACUCCUCCAAUGAACUGCACAGCUCCACUAUCCUCACCACAGAAUGGUACUAUCAGUGAUCAUUCAGUACCAGCUAUUCCCGGUACACAAGUGACCUUCCAGUGUGACGAUGGACUGUUCCCUGAGAGGAUAAUGACUGCCACCUGUCUAGCUACAGGAGAAUGGGACAAGAUCCCGGGGAAGAUCGUCUGCAGAAAUGAGUCUAUUUCCUGUGUUCUGCCUGCUCCUCCACUUAAUGGAGCAUUACUCACUAACUGUCAGAACACUAACCUAGUCGAGGGCUCAGUCAUUACCUUCCAAUGUGAUCCUGGGUUUUCACUGGUGGGUGAAGCAACUGUCACUUGUAACAACUCUGGUCUUUGGUAUCCUGACCCGGCUCUAUUGGAUUGUGUAUCUAGAAGUUUUCAAUCACCCAUCCUAUUUACCGGAGAGGUUCUUUCUAUCAGUGUGGUUGUCACUGCAGUUGCUUUCACAGUCAUUGGAUUCCUCACUGGACUCCUAGUGAUGCACCUUUGCUCUCGUAAGAAGGCAGUGUACUCUCUAGCAACUGAAGAACAAGCUAACGUAGGACCCACUGCACCAGUUGGUCCUGUUUAUGAGGAGGUGUCACCACCCAAAGAGGAGAUUGAACUGAACACUAACCAGGCGUAUGGACCAGUAUAGGACUGUGAAAAUUAUAACAUUCCCACAGGCCUAAUUAUCGGUUAUAACUACGUAUAGUAUAGUGUAUAGCGUUUUUUGUACGAUUUAUUAAAUUUUUGCCACAAAAACAUUUGCAAUGUGAAAA